GGUUGCAGGGGUCAAGUCCUAGCUCCUGGCCCCGCCUCUUCACUGGUCGCUGCUGGGUCACUCUUCCUGCUCCAUGAGUUUUAUCAUACCUCUUCUUAAAGCUAUGUAUUUAUGUGUACCUGUACCUGAAUAAACUUACUAGAGGACCCCUUAUGGAUGCGUCAUUUACAAUUCAAAGUGAAGCGGUAGACCCGUGUGGGGUGAUGCAGCUGGCUGUACUGGCCUAACUGGUUGCAGGGGGUCGAGUCACAGCGUCAGUUAUGACGUAGUAGUGGUGGACACUGCCUGGCACUGACAGGCUCCACACUGGCACUGUCUACUACCAUACUUCCCUCACUGUCUGCCCAACUCCACGUACUUGUUAUUUUACUUAAAUAUAAGUUUUAGUUACGAUGUUGAGAGGAAUUAUUGUUUUAUGUUUGUUGGCGGGACUACCCAUCAGCCUGUGUGUCUCCCCUCCCCCCCCUGGUGGUGGUGACCCCAGUGGUGACCCCCCUGGUGGUGGUGACCCCAGUGGUCACCCUAGUGGUGGUGACCUUAUAGGUAACCCUGGUGAUGGUGACCCCAUAAGUAACGGCCCUAGUGGUGACCCCAUAGCUGACAAUCUCACUGAUGGUGACCCCAUAGGUAACCCUAGUGAUGGUGACCCCAUAGGUAACAACCCCAUUCAUAGUGACCCCAUAGCUGACGACCACAUUGAUGGUGACUCCAUAGCCGAUGACCCCACAAGUGAGGUUGGCAGCGACGACCCAACUAGUGUAUUCAGAGGUACUUUCUGGCAGAUUACAGACAUUCAUUGGGAUCAGCAGUAUAGUGUAUAUGGAGAUGCCAACAAAAUGUGCCACAAAAGCUACACAUCUACAAAACACAAUGGGGUUUAUGGCAAUUAUCUGUGUGAUUCUCCUUGGCUACUAGUCAAGAGUGCCAUAGAUGCUAUGAAGGAGAUUAAUAAUAAACCGGAUUUUAUUUUAUGGACAGGGGAUAAUGUACCUCAUACUGAUGAUCCAGAACCAGACUUUACAGUAAUAUUCAACACAAUAAGUAAUAUUACUGAGGAGCUGCGGUCUACAUUUCAGGAUUCCAUUCCAAUCCUUCCAGUUCUGGGCAACCACGAUGCAUUCCCCAAGGAUUAUUAUCCAGUUGCUGGAGAAGAAUUUUAUGGUCAGUAUUUAACAAGGGGAGGUUGGUCAUCCAUUCUGCCAGAGACUGCACAAGAAGAGUUCAAGCUAGGAGGUUACUAUGGAUAUGAACUUCCUAUAGGUGUCACUGUGUUAGUGCUGAACACAAACCUCUAUUAUGCCAAUAAUGCACUGGGUGUGAAUGCAAGUGACCCGUGUGGACAAUUCAAGUGGUUGAAGACCAGGCUAGAGAGAGCUCAAGAACACAAGUCUUUGGUGAUAAUUGCUGCGCAUGCUCCUCCUGGUUAUUUUGAAAGAUUUGCCGAAGUGCCAUUUUUUAAUGCUACGUACAAUGAUGCGUAUGUUGAUCUCCUGAAUGAAUUCGGCAUGAUAAUUAUGGCUCAGAUAUAUGGUCAUGAGCACACAGACAGCUUCAGGUUGUUCCAGACUGCUAAAGUAGGUAUGAUGCAAAGUGUGGCUUUCAUAGCUCCAUCAGUAACUCCCUGGUAUCCGUCUACUGUACCGGGUGGCACAUCAAUCAAUCCCUCUCUUCGGCUCUACUCAUAUAAUAAAACUGUGCUCUUGGAUUACAGCCAAUAUCAUCUUAACUUGACUAAAGCAAAUGGCCCUUCUGAAAAUGUCUCCAGUAACCAAGAAGCUUUUGGACUAGAUGACAUCCAUAUCAGAGGUAAUAGAUUGGAAAGGCCUGAGUGGGAGUUUUAUUAUCAAGCAACAAAAGCAUAUGGUUUACAGAGUCUUGAUAUUGUCAGUAUGGUAAAUCUCUAUGACCAGCUUCAGUCAGAUGAUAACCUGUUCCAAAAAUACUACUUAAGGAAUUCUGCUGGAUUUAAUGAUGGCCUGUGUGAUGAGCACUGUAAAAAGUCUCAUACAUGUGCUAUAGUAAAUAUUAAAGUAAAAGAUUUGAACAGAUGCAUGGGAUAUAACCAUUCUGAGAACUAUAAAGGACUACCUAAAUCUUCAUUAAAGCCCCACAAAGAAGUUCCAAUUUUUAUAAUGGAAGAUGGGUUACCUGUUAACUUUCCCAAUACAUCCUCCAGUUCUCCUUUGGUCAUUGCUAUCAUAGUUUUAAGUAUGAGCUUAACUACAGUCUUGGCUGUUAUAUUGGCUGUCAUGCUAGUUGCCAUAACACUUAAGAGGAAUCGGAUGCUUAGAACUGAGAGAAGCCUACCAGUUGUGGACCUUACGUGGGUUCGGCGACAACAAAACUACAAACAGAUUCCUUAAGGAAAUAGAAGUUACACAUUCUGUCAGUCACUGGCAGGUGACUUACAAAAUGUGUUCCUUUAAUACUUUUAAUAAUAUCUCACUUAUACUGUCUCAUGGAAACCAGCUGUUUCCAUUUUCAGUCCUGUGUUAGACUUCAUAUUUUGAAAAUUCCUUUUUUUUUUUUUUUUUUUAUCUUGGUGGAAGGUGGGCACUAAGACAGGGUGACUGAAAGAAGCAAACACAUUCAUCAUCAUUCAUUCAGUCACUUUUUAUUUUUAUUAUAAUUUUUUUAACACACUACCCAUCUCAUACCAAGGGGUGACCCCAAAAAUAGAAACACUUUCACCAUCAUUCACUCCGUUGUUGUCUUUCGAGAGGCAUGCUGAUACUACAGUUCAGAUGCUCUUCCAAACUGCAGAUAUCCCCACCUCUCCUUCAUUGUGCAAGCACUGUCGUACCCACCUCUAGGACUUUAAGUCCAGCUAGCUGGUUUCCCUGAAUUUUAUUAUUUUUAUUAUCACACUGGCCGAUUCCCACCAAGGCAGGGUGGCCCGAAAAAGAAAAACUUUCACCAUCAUUCACUCCAUCACUGUCUUGCCAGAAGGGUGCUUUACACUACAGUUUUUAAACUGCAACAUUAAUACCCCUCCUUCAGAGUGCAGGCACUGUACUUCCCAUCUCCAGGACUCAAGUCCGGCCUGCCGGUUUCCCUGAAUCCCUUCACAAAAUGCUACCUUGCUCACACUCCAACAGCACGUCAAGUAUUAAAAACCAUUUGCCUCCACUCCUGUUUAACAUGUUCACAUACCUGCUGGAUGUCCAAGCCCCCUCGCACACAAAACCUCCUUUACCCUCUCUCUUCAACCUUUCCUAGGGUGACCCCUACCCCACCUUCUCUCCACUACAAAUUUAUUCACCCUGCAGGUCAUUAUAUUUUGCUCCAACCUCUCUAAAUGUCCAAGCCACCUCAGCAACCUUCUUCAGCCCUCUGGAUAAUACUAUUAGUAACUCCAUGUCUCCUGAUCUCCAAGCUGCAAAUUCUCUGCAUAAUAUUUACACCACACAUUGCCCUCAGAUGUGACAUCUCUGCUGCCUCCACCUCCUCCUUGCUGCAACAUUCACAACCCAUGCUUCACACCCAUAUCAGAGUGUUUGUGCCAUUUUACCCUUCAAUAUUUCCCAUUUUGCCUCCAUAGAUAAUGUUCUUUGUCUCCACAGAUGCCUCAGUGCAUCACCCAUCUUUUUACCCCCUCAACUCUAUGGUUCACUUCAUCUUUCAUAUACCCAUUUGCCAGCAACUCCACUCCAAAAUAUCUGAACACAUUCACUUCCUCUAUGCCCCUUUCUUCCAGUCUGAUGUUCAAUCUAUCAUUGCCUAGACCUCUUGUUACCUUCAUUGCAUUCACUCACAAUUUUACCUUUAAUUUGAAACUUCUUUUAGAUUUGGGAAAGUUCACUGGCAGUUUACGAAGUGACCUUAUACUGUACAGGGAAAAUUUCCAGAGACAUGCAGAAGACAUGAUUUCAUUGACUCAUAGAUUUAUAUCAAAAAAUAUAGUAGUCAGACAAAUUUACGUAAAAUAAUAGUGCAGUCAGACAAAUUUAUAUCUUUCUCUACCUCGUUCACACAGAAUACUUCCCACCAUCUUCCUCCAACUUUCUCUGGGCAGUCAGACAAAUUUAUAUAAAUACUGCAGCCAAUGUAAUCAGGAGUUUAUAUAAAAAAUUCACACUAAAACAGAGCUAAAGAAGUAUAAAGUUAAUCCUAGGAUAGAACACCAUUCUGUCAUGUUACUUAUGCAAGGCAAAUAUUUAUAACAUAUGGUUAUCCUGUCUUUUACUUUUGAUCCUUAAGAUUCCAAGGCAUUUAUAUUCCAGAAUUUAAAAUAACAUGCGCUUAGUACUGUAGCAUCUUGAAAAAAGCAUUAGCCUUAGUGGCAAGAAAUAAUCCCAAAGUUAAUUGAGGUACCUGUACUACAGCAUAUAAUCAGUUAAAUAACAAAAAAAAGUCUCAGUGCUGUGACUGGAACGAUACACAAAUAGCCCGCACAUAGAAGUGAGGAGCUUAUGACGACGUUUCAGUCCGACUUCGACCAUUAGUGUGACUUUGUAAAUGGUCCAAGUCGGACCAAAACGUCGUCGUAAGCUCCUCUCUUCUAUGUGUGGGUUGCUGUAUAGUCCUUGUGGCUUAGCGCUUCUUUUUGAUUAUAAUAAUAAUAUGUGUGGGUUAUUUGUGUAUAAUCAGUUAUCUAGCGAUUGACAUUCUGUAAAUUUAUUUGAAGAAAAUUAGUUUAGACAUUUUUAAGUACAUAUGUACUGAAAUUUUUCUCAGAAAUACUUAUGAAUGAAGAACAAAUUUGUUCACAAAAUGUACAACAAAGUUGUAUGUGUGUGUGUGUGUCUCAGAAUUAAAACUCAAAGCUUGAAACAUUGUUCACAAAAUUAUGUUUGGAAAAUAUCACUGAAGGUAGUAUAACCCACCCAUGUGAUAUGCAAAGGCACUGAUGGUAAUUCCUAGAAUUAUUGGAGUAUUUUCCAGAUAGAGAUAAUUAUAUCAUGAUGGAUUCCUCUAAGUGUGGUAACUAGAAGUGUGUUGAUACUCAUGACCUUAAGUCACUGUUGUAUGAAGUUUCAUAGUUUAAUUUUUUUUUUUUUGCUACUUUCACAGUUAUGUUAUGCACUACAUUGAAGUGUGGUAAAUAAAAAGUACACAUGUGUAUAUACAGUUAAGGAGCUUGCAGUAAGCACAAUAUUUGAGGUAUGUAAUGGUAUGAGAUACCAACACAAUGGUAAGGAGAAAUGUGAUUUUAUAAGGUCCCUUUAUAUAAGCCUUUUAUUUUUUUUAACCACAGUGGGCUUCAAGUCAAACCGAUAAACCUGGCAAGGGAGGGCGAGUAAAUAUAUACUAUCAGGUAGUGGUGAGGUGAGAGGCAAGUUGGGUGCGAGUCAGGUCACAUGAGUCCCAAACAUUCUAGCAGUUUUCUGGCAAGUGGUUUAUAUAAAUUUUAAAAACUGUUAUUCUGAUUUAAUGUGUUGGAGAUACUAAUGAGUGCAGAUUCAAGGACUUAUUCUCUUGGUGUUGUCCUCCUUGGCAGUUAGUAGUGUACCAUAUUGAGUAACGAGAAUAAUGAUGUAUUACAUAGACAUUUAAGUUGUCUGGUCUGCUGGCUUCUUGGUGUUCUGAAAUUCACUUGUGGAGGUGUCCAGAUAUCUCACCUGUAUAGAUUAUCACACUUUUUACCACUGCAGGAGUAUAUAAAUCCCAUCUAACAACCAUGGUAAAAUACAUAUACAUGAGACAUCUAAAAUUAGUUUCAGAACAGCAAUAUGCCAGCAGAACAGGCAACCUAAACAACUAAUUAUUAAGCUACUAAUUGCAAAGGAUGAUGAUACCCUAAGAAGAACCCUUGGAGCUGCACCACAACAGUUUCUACAAUUUAGCUGAUCCUAUUUCCAGAAAACUGAUAGCAAAUUUGGGAAUCAUGAUGAUCUGACUCACACUCCACUUGCUCUUCACUUCAUUCACUACUCCCUUUUAUAUACAGUAUUUGCUCAUCUUCCCUUAUAAGAUUAACCUGUUUGUGACUUGAUAAAGUCCACCAUGUUGACAAAAUUUUGUCAAUAUAAGUUCCAUAUAACUGUACAUAUAACUCUUGCCAAAACACUAGAGGCAAACUUACAUGUAUAUUAAGACCUCAUUCAUUAUCUAAAAUUCUAUGUACAGUGAAAGCAUAAUAUGGAUAUUUUUACUGUAAAAUCAUAAAUUAAUUAGCUUCAAUUCACUUGUACAUUUGGUGUAGUUUUAAGACAAUUUAUUUAAAUGUAAUGUUCUAUGUAUUACAUUAUAGGCUUCAUUUCUCUAACAAGUUUAGUACUGUAGUAGAAUUUUUACUGUAUGGAGGGCUCAGCAGGGUUCUCGGUUUUGUGUGCUGCUGGGACAUAAUGCUUCUUGAGUACUUUUACAUGAUUAUUAUUAAUAAUGGCUGUCAGGUACAUACUGUACUGUAACAAUGAAAUAUGCAUUCUUCGUUGUUUGCACUUAAAUUACUUUGUGCUACGUAAUUUUAAAAUUUUGAAUAUUCAUUAUAUUCACAAAUUAUUUUUAUUUAUUUUACAGUACUGUUAAAAAACAAAUGCUAAACCCAUGUGGGUCAUCCAUCUAUAUUCACAAAGAAGCACUAAAUCCAAGUGUCACAGUGUACCUGUACUUAUCAAAUUUUGUAUUAAUGUUGGUAGAAUUACCAACGAUACAUUAGGUAAAAGGACACAUGCAAUUAAUGUGAUAUACUGUGGCAAUGUUUCACUCUCCAUGUCGCAUUAGUUGCAUAUGUGUCAUUUUACCUAACUUAUUGCAUUUUCUGUGUACUCUAAUGGCUUCAUCAGUGAUAGUUCUGUCAAAUUAGUCUUCAACACCAGUGAAUUGUUCUGUGCAGAGGAUUUAUACAUUAUGUUACUGGUUCUAGUUUCUCAAAGAGGUGUAUAGUCAUUUUUAGCAUUUUAUUUUGUAAGUGUUUUACACAAACAUGUAAUAUUAUUAUUAAUUUCUUUUAACAUGUUGGCUAUCUCCUACCCAUAUUACUCUUUGAAUGUGAACAUUCAUCAACCAAACUUUUAUAGUAUUUAUUCUUAUUGCUAUUAUUUAUUAACAAAUGUUCAUGUUUGAAAUAUAUUACUUCAUCAAGGGUUGUGAAUUUUAUCUGUGAAGGUAAUGUGAUAGGCCAGAAUAAUAAAAUACCUUCUGCCAUCUCAUUUAUAGCUUAUAUUUUUUCAUUUAAGUAACAGAAUACAGUAUAUUAUAUAUUCCCUGAUGAGAUCAGGGUAGUGAAUGCACUAAAGUUGCUGUAUCCUAUCACCAUAGCUAUAUAUGUAUUCAAUGGUUGAAAAAUAUAUACAGAAUGUGA